AUGGCUUCAAAGAUUUUGUGUCAAUUAGGAAAGCUGCACAAAAUUGGUACUGGCGCCCUCAGUCACCAACGCAGAGACCUUACAGCUAAUUCUCUCGUAGAACCCUUCAUUCUCCGAGCUUCCGGAACCCAAAUAUUACUUCAUGCAAGACCUUACUCGGAUAUUCCUCAACCACUUAACAUUGAUCCUGAUUCACCUAAUAACGUUGCCAUCGAAAGUGAAGCAAAGAAUAUGAAUAGGGUUUCGAGUUCUUCAAUGUCGUCAUCUUUAAACGAAGCUGAACUAGCGAAAUUUGCUGCCAUUGCUGAAACCUGGUGGGAUGCUGAAGGACCAUUUAAGCCAUUGCAUGUGAUGAAUCCUACGAGACUUGCUUUCAUUAGGUCGACUCUUUGCCGACAUUUCAGGUAG